AACAAAAACACGCGGAUUUAUUCAGUUUUUCGUUCAUCCACCUCCAAUAUCACCCAAAAAUGCCUAAAAUAGCAGAGCUUGCGGGUGAUGAACAAUCGGAAAGCUCACGCACAUUUGUGUUUGAAGACGAGGGCCACACACUCGGCAACGUGCUAAAAGCGAUCAUCUGCAAAUACCCGGAUGUUAACUUUUGCGGCUACACAGUACCACAUCCGGCGGAGAAUAAGAUGCACUUUCGGAUACAGGCCAUCAAAUCGGUUCGUGCGAUCGAUGUGCUGCUACGCGGAUUGCAGGAUUUGGAACGACUCUGUGAUCAUAUGAUGGAAACGUUCGAGGAGGCAGUAGCGUCACACCAUCGUGGAAGCGCCUGAACGGAUGGGAAAUGCUUUUUGUGUCGAUGCACCAGAACCUUGAUACAUACUAACCGAGUAAAGACACACAGCGAGGCUCAGGAACGGCGUUUAGGGAGAGGAAUAAAACCACAACAAAUAGGACGAA